AUGCGUUUGUACUCGGAGGGUAAAAAUGCUGAGGAAAAGGUACAACAAGCUGGGCAGCAGCAGCAACAACAGAAGUCCGCAACAGUAACGGCUGUACAGAAACCGGCACAAACGACGCUGCCGGCUAAGAAAGAAGCAGAGCCAAAGUUGUCUCUUUGGGGCAAGGUGAAGCACGAAGCACAACAUUACUGGGACGGUACGAAGUUGUUGGGUCUUGAGGUGAAGAUUGCGAUGCGUUUGGUGAUGAAGAUGUCAGCCGGGUACGAAUUGUCGCGUAGAGAAAAGAUCCAGCUAAAGAGAACCACACAAGAUAUGAUCAGGUUGGUUCCAUUCAGUGCGUUUGUCAUUGUGCCAUUUGCUGAGUUGCUGCUUCCUAUUGCAUUGAAGCUUUUCCCAAACCUUUUGCCAUCGACUUAUGAGUCCAAGAAGGACAAGCAGACGAAGCUUGAGAGCUUGAGAAAGACCAGAUCUGUUAUGUCUAAGAUUAUGAAAGAGAACAAGUCGCAUUUCAAGCCAAACAACAUCACAGAAGAGCAAAAGUUGGUGUUCAACAAUUUCUAUAAGCACGUCAGAGAGACCGGUGAGCCAGAGUCCCGUGAACAGCUCAUUCAAGUUGCCCGUCUCUUUACCGAUGACACAGUCUUGGAUAACAUAACGAGACCACAUUUGGUGGCCAUUGCCAAGUACAUCAACUUGCAACCAUUCGGUACCGAUGUCAUGUUGCGUUACCGUAUCCGUUACAAGAUGUUGGAGUUGAAGAAGGAUGACUUGGCAAUCUACUACGAAGGUGUCGAGUCUCUUGAUGCCAUUGAGUUACGUACUGCUUGUGCGUCUAGAGGUAUCAGAAACUUGAACGUCGAAGAAAGUGUCUUGCGUGACAACUUGAGAAUCUGGUUGAACAUGAGGUUGAAGGACAAGAUUCCAUCCACUUUGCUAAUUAUGGCCACUGCCUACACAUACGGUGAUAUCGGCUCCAAGAAGACUUUGUACGAUGCAUUGUGCGAUGUUCUUUCCGGUAUCCCAGACGAAUUGUACCACGAAGUUAAGGUCAAUGUUGUGGAAGAAUCAUCUGCCACUAACAAGUCUAAGAUGGCACAACUAAAGGAACAAAUGGAAAUUAUGAAGGAAGAAGAACAGCAAGAAAAGGAUGCUGUUGUCAGAGUGAAGGAUGAGCUAAGUUUAGAUGAGGUCGAUGCCAAGACUGUGAACCAAUCUUCUGAAGCCAAAAAGGAAUCCGAUGCUCGCGCUGAACAAGAGGAGGCAAAGGAGAAAAAGAAGGAUAUUUAG